AUGUCUCGUGUCAUGAUGCGGCCUGUUCGUGCUUUUUGGAAUGUUAGGUUGUUUUCAAGGAGGGCGUGUUUGAGGAAUUCCACAACAAAGAGCCCACAGCAACCAUUAGAGACGAAUCCAAUUAAUUUUACAAUGGGGAAGAUGCCUAUCGGUUUGCCGAUGGGGGGCGAAGAUGUUUUCAUUAGCGAUACAAGUUCCAGUAAGAGGAAAGAAGAGUGGAUAAAGGAAAAACAAAAACAAAAGGAGAAGGAAAAGCAGAAACAAAAUGCCGAAAUUGUUGAAGAUGUACGAAUAGAUGAUUAUGUGAUUCAAGUAGAGAGUUUUUUUGACACAUAUCGUGUUGUUCAAGAGUUUAAAAGAAGCGGGUUCACUGAAGCCGAAUCAAAGAUCUUGACCAGGUAUAUGUACGAUGUAUUAAAGGAAAAAAUGAAUUGGAUUAACAAAACGUAUGCUCCAAAAGUUGACCUGGAAAACGAAACAUAUUUAUUUGAGGCUGCACAUUCGGAACUAUUGUUUGAAGUUACCAAUUCAAGAGAAAUAUCUAUUAUGAAUUUAACAAAUGAUUCUAUUAUAUUGAAAAGGUGGUUUAAUGGGUUGAACGACGAAACCAUUGCAGAAAUCAAAUUAAAUGAUGAUUUGAUCAAACUAGAACUAAAUCAAUUCAAACAUGAAAAUAACCUACAACAACGAGAACUAAAUUUGAAGAAUUCUGAUUUAAAUUCUAGAAUUAUAAGUGAUAUGGUGAGUGGCCUCAAGUCCGAUAUUGAAACUUAUCGCUGGCAGCUUACGCGUGCGGGUAUUGUUACAAUCCUCACCAUGGCAGUAUGCAUUCUCUCUGUAUGGAACGUUGCCAAACGUGUCAAUGAGGAACACAGCAAUGAGAAAUGGCCUCGUCUUGUUCCAGUCCACGAACAGACUGAUGAGGAAUCCCAUGAUUACGAAGCUGAUUGGGACGAAAGCGUUCCUCUCGCUUAG